UGUUUAGCAUGCUUUGAAAUUCACAUGGGGAUAUGUGUGGCAACUUAUUGCAAUUAGCCGAUAUUGACCUGCAUUAAUACAAUCCACUUUGAAGAUGCCAAGAUUGGUGGACAAGAGUAAAUUUCUGGUGAUCAGACUGGCAUUACAUGGCUGUACAAACAGACCAUUCUUCCAUAUUGUUCUGGCACGCAACAGAAGUCCAAGAAAUGCUAGACCUAUCGCUCAGCUAGGAACCUACGACCCCAUGCUAAAUACCAACAAUGAACAAAUGGUUUCACUUAACAUGGCUAAAAUAAAUGAUGUUCUUUGUCAAAAACCAAAGAUUACAAAAACUGCAGCUAAAUUAUUAGGGUUAAGUGGUUGUCUGCCUAUCCAUCCCCUCACUUACUUAGAAGCACAUAGAGCCACAAAAAAGUCAUCAUCGAUAUCUGAGUCCAGUACACACUUGGAGGGCAAUGAUGAAGAAGAAGAUGUGUGAUAGAUUUAGCAUUUUUUUGACAGAUGAAUCCAACUGAUGGAUGAAGAAAGCACCACACCAUGAUAACUAGGACAAAACUUCACUGCCAAACGACUUUGUGUGUGUUUUGUUAAGGUUUCCUUGGUAUUGUUGGGAUCCAAACAUAACUUUUGUUCUAUGAAAUAAUUUACUUCAUUCAUAUUGUUUUCUACAACACUUCAGUAGAAAGACAUUGUACUGUUCAAGAACAUUAUUUACCAAUUUAGUUUAAUCAGUGAAAAUUUUGACAAUAUAUAUAUAGAUCAUGGAACAUAGCCAAUGUUAUGAAAAUGAACUUUGACCCAUGGGUCAUCAAUGUAGAUGGUCUUCAUAAAAAGUCUCAAAUAAUUAAAAAGGUUUAUCCUAUAUAUGAAAAAGAAUUCAUCGCAGAGUUGCAUGUCAAGGGCUUGAGUAUUGUUGUAGAUUUGUCAGAGAAAUCAGUCUGUGUGUUUCUAGGUCCAACUCUGUAGGUCAAAGCCAUGUAAGGGAGCAGGUCAGAUUUUUAAAGCUGUGACUACAUGUAUGUGACUUUGUAAGAGAAAAAAAAUCAAAUUCUUCUCAUGUGACUUAGAAGGUUAUAAGCAUUCACAGAUCUUGGAGAUUUCAGUGGAAAAUUCAUCAGUCCUUAAUUUUAUCUUGUGAAGUUGGAAUGUGAAAUAUUUGCAGUUUCCUAUGGAACUGUUGAUAUGUAUAUGAUAUACUAUAACUAUAUAGCAGAACGUGUUGAUAAUGUGAUGUUAUGGCAUUUAGGUAUGGAUGGAAAAGAUUGUGUGAAAUAAAGAUGAUUUGAUAAAUUUAA